GAAGACCGCGCAGUUUCUCUUCGCGCAGCUCACGGAGCUCCUGGUGGAGCUGCUCGCGCCCAGGGGCGUCGCACGAGGGGACGACGAGGCCUACACCUUCCAGAGCGACCAGCGCGACGUGGCGAGCCUCAGCUUGCCCACCGACCCCCUGGUUCGAACCAGCUCCGUCGGGGGGCAGUCCUCGACGGAGGGCCCGGCGGCCGCCCUGCUCAGCUCCUUCGAGAUGCCUCCGACGCUCCCCUACUUCCACAACGACAUCUGAUGGCUGGAGAACCUGGUCAUAUCGGGCACCACGCUGAAGCUCAUAGACUUCCAGAGCCUCGCGCCGCUGGGCCAGCCCUCGGCCGGGGCGGUGCAGCGGGGGAUGGAGCACGCCAGCAGGAUGAUCUACAUGCACAGGCACCCCGCCGCGCGCGGCCAGAGCCGGCAUCCCUCCGCCCCGUGCGCGGGCGUGGAGGCGCAGGCGGAGGGGACCAUGCUGUGGGCCUGCGGCAUCGUCCUGGUGCGGCUGCUGUGCGCGGAGCUGCCCCAGGACUGGGUGUACCGGCACGGGGGCCUGGGGAGCACGGAAGGCCUCGAGAGGGAGCUGCCCCCCGGGCACUGCCUGCUGCGGCGCGGCGGCGGCGGCUGCCGCGACCUCCUGGAGAGGAUCUUCUCCCGGGAGGCGACGCCCACGAUCGCAGAGGUCCUCAUGCACGACUGGGUGCGGGAGGCCCGCAUGGCCUGGAACCAGUCGGACGCCCACGCCCCCGAGCCGCCGCAGGCGGUGCAGCUGGCGCUGCGGGCGCCCCCCUCUGCGGGUGCCGACCGCUGGAACGCCUGGAUCCCGCUGAAGGACCCCUUGAUCGGACAUGCGCGUCGAGGGCAAGCCGCCCCCGUUGGCCAAGGUCAAGGAGAUCAUCGACCUGGCAGUGGCGUACUCGGACGGCCUCUUCCGGCAGGACGGCUGCCCGGAGGCGGAGCCGGAGGGCGGGGCGGGCGCCGCUCCGGAGGACAGCGUCCACGAGUGGCGGUGGCGGAUCCUCGUUCGCACGGGCGACGAGAUCGAGGAUCGAGGACGCCCUGAUGGCCAUCCAGCCCCCCAUCGAGGCGGCGCCGUUGACCGAGAGCGCCCCGCAGCCAGGGGUGCUGCGCCGCACGGAGUCCAGCGUGGUGGCCAGGCGGUUCGCGGCGGGCUGCUUCGUCGUGCAGGUGCAGGCGUACGCCUGCGAGGACGAGCCCGAGGAUCGGGGGUACGGGAGCUUGUGGUGGCUGCGGGUGAGGUGGCUCCCCCCGACCCUGCCCGGAAGCAGAAGCUCGGUGAGCGGCCUCAUCGCGGACGUGUACCAGGACGAGCUCAGGGGCCUCUCCGGCCCCUACUCCAACUUCCUGCUGCUGCAGCGCUUCCUGCUCUACGGCCGCAACGAGGUAAUCCAGCGGGCGCAGCAGGAGAGGCCGAGCGCGAGCGGCGCAGCUCCCGGGCGCCGGGCGCGGGGCCCGCGCUCCCGGGCGUCGGCCGGGCCGGGCCCAUGCUGCCCGGCGUGGGGGCCCGGUCGGGUUGACUGCAGCGGGCGGCCCCCCCUCGCAAAAGAAGAAAA